UCAGCCCAUGGCAAAAACCCCUAAACCCUCAUCUAACAUCCUGCGUAUGUAGAUCGGAGGGCGUGUGCAAGCAACUUCAUUCUCUUCCGUGUUUAGACCCUGAUCAGCUCAAGAAGAUGCCUCACAAGGCUAAAAGACGCCGCCUUUCAUCAUCUUCUCGGCCGCAGACGUUCUCGCCCUUCGCUCGUUCGCUCGCUCUCGCUGCGUCUGCGAGCUCGAGAAGCAAGCAUGAUGCCCACGGGUCCAAUUGCCGCACAGACGCUUCUGAUGAUGGGUUUGGCAAGAAUGCUCAGAAAGAGAAGAUUAAACGGACCGAAUCCUCUGACGAAGAGAGCACGCAUUCCCAGUCUUCUGGUGAUGGUGAUGAUGAUGAUGAUGAAAUUGAAGGCGUUGUUCAAGCUGAUUUUGCUUUUUUCGACCCGAAACCGAGCGACUUUCAUGGAGUGAAGAUUCUGCUACAGAACUACCUUGGUGAUGAGGAAUGGGACUUGAGUGGCUUUGUAGACCUAAUACUGGGACAGACAACAGUGGGGACUGUCGUUAAGAUAGAGGGUGCUGAAGAUGACGGACUUUUCUCUGCUGUUUCCGCACUUAACCUGGACAGAUAUAAGGAUCAUAGAUGUAUUAUCGAGCUGAAGGAGUACCUCCUUAAAGUGUGCCCAGAGAAUGAUGUGAUAAGUGAUCUCAGAGCAAUUCUGAAUGAGCAAGCACCGCACACUGGUCUUUUGGUGUCUCAGCACGUGAUGAAUUUUCCUCCCCAGCUUUUGCCACCUCUCUAUGAUGCACUCUUUGAUGAAGUCUCAUGGGCUACAGAAGAUGAGCCCACUGAGGAGCUGCGGAACUCUUUCAAGUUCAGUAAUUAUUUACUUGUGAGCAAAAUUCAUAAGCUGAAGAGCGGUUCCCAGAAAAGUAAACGAAACAGCAAUCCUGUCAGAGAUGCAGAUAUUAUAUUCAGUAAGCUCGAAGAUGAAAUCAUUUAUAAGCUCAGCUCAUGGUCCUUCAAUUUUCCGUUGCGCACUCCACCUGUUACAAAUCAUGAGCUUAAGAAUUACCAGGUGACAGGGUUAGUCAUGGCAGUAAAAGCAGAGAAAGUUACGCAGUUCCGAGAAGAGUUAAAAUCUCUGAUUGAUGAGUCGUGAGACUG